UGGGGAAAAAAUACUUAAAUUUUCCUAAGUACAUCUUUGUGCAGCCGUUGUUUGCGUCACUUCCCCCAUUGUCUACAACUUGUUUUGGCGAAUCUGCUCGCCAGGGCGUCGUACGUAGAAAAAUCAAAGCAGUUUUGAUCGCCAACGCCUCGGCUGGAUGGCAGUACUAAAGGACAUAAAUGCUGAAUAAGUGCACAAAAGCAGCGUAUAAUUGUGCUACAAGCUAUUUGGCAUCUGGCGAUAAAUUAGUAAUUUGGAAAAUGUCAAAGAAAACAUUGGAAAAAUAACACCUGUUCACAAAGGAAAUAUUAGUAGUUAAAGAGCGGGAAAAAUGUGAAAGGAACUUACAAGUGGUACUUAUUGGUGGAAUUAAAAAAAAAAAAAAAAGUUGAUCCGACUACAUACAAUAAUAAAUUAAAUUAAUUCGAAAUGAAUGACAGUUUACGGUUCUGAUUGCAAUGCUUUCCACUGAUAGCAAUGAAUCACAGCAACUACUACAACUAUUUAUGUACAUUAUAAUGUCCACUGUCAAUGAACGUGUUCGUUACAAUACUAACAGAAAUAGAGACAUAUCCUAGAUACGUGUCGCUAACUUUCUUCAAAUCAACAACAGAUUAUACGCAAGGACACAUCUUAAAUUAGUUUUCUUUUAAACUCAGCUAACCGCACCAUUAGCGCUCAUUCAAGCGCGACUUCAUUGAUUGGCAAGUUUGUUUGUUGGGUGUCCGAAGCGAGAUGCACGUGGCUUGAAAGCAAUAAUCCCCGCUGAAAUACCUUAACAAGUUGUAUAUAAAUACUCAUAUAUUGGUGCCACUACUGCAAAAAGAACAACAGUACAUAAAAACAUACAAACGUACAUGAAAAAUAAAGAAACAGUGUAUAAAAUCCAGAAAAACACAAAAAUGUGAAAACAGUCGAGGUAAAAAUAGCACUUAUAACAAAAAAAUGUAUAAAACAUACCGACAGCAGGAGCAGCAAUAAAGUGAAUGUGUAUAUUCCGCAGUCUGUACCUUAAUUGAGGCUGAUCCCGCGCAAUCAACCGCAAAUGGUUGAUCAAAAAAGCCAAAACAAGUUAAGAACAUUUAAUUAAAAAUUUCGAAGCCUAUUUUGUAUCAGCACAAAGGAAACAAAAGCAAUGCUUGUGUUGGUAUCACAAAUGAGUCAAUAAACAAACACAAAGGCAAAGGCUCUUUCAUCUGCUAAGUAACAAACUAUUCGAAUACCUGUCUAAACAACAAUGUGUUACAUACAUCUUCUAUAUAUUUGCACGCAUAUAAGCGUAUGUAUAUGUAGUUUACUAUAUUAAUGUGCAUACUUGUCGAUGCUCCAUAUUCCUCAACGCUUUUCCCUCUAUCAAUAAGGCACCGCAUUGAGCAUCCUUGUUUGAAAUUUCUGAACGUCAAUCAUCAUGGGUAGCCUACCGAAUUUGCACGAGUUGGAGGAAAUAGAGCGCAGACGUGAGAAACGCCGUGAACGCGAGCAGCGUGAGCAACUGCGAGAGCAGCGGGCACGUGAUUCGAGUCGUGAACGUGAGCGGAUGGCCCUAUUCGCACAGCGCAAGCAAUCUUCCUACAACGCUUACCUAAUGGCUGGCUUGGGCAUGGGUGGAGGAACACUUGGCAUGGCUGCUGCUGUUGGAGCCUCACAUUUGACAAGUGCUGCAGCAGCAACUGGUGGCAUCGGUGCGGGCGCAAAUACAACUCCUACUACAGCUACGAACACUUUAAGUGGAUUUGCAGUGGGUGGUGCAGCGCUGCUUGGCUUAGGAACGCCUGCGCUGCUAACCAAGUAUCACCACCAACACCAACACCAACAUCAUCGACACUCAUUGACUACGCGACAUCGAGUGUUACGCACCCGAAGCUCGGGAGCGACACACAAUGUUUGGGAUGAACAAUUGAUGGAGCACCUCGCGGCCUACUCGCCGAUUUCGACGCGCUCUCACCGAAUCAAUCCGGUGUCAUCAUAUCAGGUGCAAGCUGCAUUGGCUGCCUCCCGUCGACGUGAAUCCAUCAACAGUUCGAUUGGUGCUGCAUCAAUAAGACGCCUCAUUACGUUAAAUAACCGUAACUGCCGACAUAAGAUUCCACCACACGUACGGCACAAAGUGUGCCAGAGUUUCAUCAGCCUAACGCUGGCGCAUGGACUAAUAUGUGCAGUCUUGCUGCCGCUCUUUGCGCUACAAGGUUCAAAUUCUGUGUGGCAUCAACGCGAGCAGUGGCUGCAUGUGGGACCAAAUAUCGGCUCGCUGCUGCUAAGCGGUUGCUUUUUUAUUUCCGCCGUUAUGUGCCUCUUUACCAAACGCCUUAUACAGAAAUUCGGUUAUACAUCAGUAAUUAGCACCAGCUAUGUUGCGACGGGAAUAUUUCUCUUAUGCCACCUGUUUCCCUCCAUCUUUACGCUGCUGCCAGCAUACAUGCUGCUUGGCGUCACUUAUAGUCCUUCGUGGGUAAGCAAAAUUGCACUAGUUGUGCACUAUGGCAGCAAGCUGAGUUGUUCGCAGCACGAAUGCAUGCACAGUUCAUCGCAUGUUUCGGACGUAAUGGAUGAGCACAAACUAUUCUGCAACCGCGAUCAGAAGGUUCGCCGUUUAGCGCGUUGGUUCCAGGUGGCUCAGGAUGCGGGAAUUAUAUUGGGCGCUUUACUGGCGUCAUUCACUCUCGCUUGUAGUUCCAGCGAUUGGAAUUGUUUCGAUAGUGGUGAGACGGUGACAUUAGAAACACAAGCCACUUCAUUACCCGGACAGAACCUAACUGAGCCACUUCCAAAGGCCAUGGCAGUGCGAUCGCAUUCUUACACAAUGACUGGUUUUUUGCCUAAUAUACCGGGUUACUUCGACGACUUUUAUUAUCAUAACGAACACGGCGAGAGGAUUUGUGGUGCCGACAUGUGUCCCGUUUGGUAUCAUGACAAUAGCUUCGACGACACUGGCAACGGAACCAAUGAAACCAUCUAUACGCAGUUCAUCAAUGAAAGAUCAACUGGUGGCGGGAUUACACUCAUAAGUGUGUACUUCCUGUUCAUAAUAGUUGCGGUAGGAUUAUCUUUCUUUGGUGGAAAAAUACAGGCCACUUUUCGGCGUGAUGUGCACUUAAAAGGCGUGACAGAUACGUUACUCUUCGCUGGACCGAUGGCGUAUUUUGUGGGCACCGAGCAGGCUUAUAUGCUGGGCGACUUUUUGCGGGCUUUCGUAUCAUGUUCACUGGGCAUUAGCAUGGUUGCAGGCGCAUUGGUCGGCAUGGGCAUCAUGCAAUGCAUAGUAUCCUGCACGCUGAGUAUGCUGCUGCGGCACACCAAGCGUAUUGUGGUCAUUUUGGCCGGCUUCUUCUUUCAAUCAUGCCUGCUGCUUGCAUUAUCCAGCUGGAAGCCCUCUAGCGAUGAUAUGGCGCUCUUUUACGUACUGGCCGCCUCGUGGGGUGCCUGUAACGGUAUGUGGGAGACGCUCUUGAUGGCCUUAAUCACAUUGAAUCAUGCCAAUCAUGUUACGGAGGUAACUAGUCCUUUACAGGGAAUGCGUUUCCUCGGAUUGGGCAUGACUUUCGCGGCGCAUGGCUUAAUGUGUGAGACGCCCAAGAUUAUCACCAUGGUUAUUAUGCUGGUGGUGAGUUUGCCGGCGUAUGCAAUGCUGGAAACUAGACUGGAAGCGCAGCGUAAAUUGCAAUUGAUCAAUUUAUGACGAAGCAUUUUCAGUUAGUCAAAAAUGCGUGGCACCAUGGCCAGAACUCAUACGAUGUAAAAGGGUCAUAAGCGGAAUUGUGGAAGGUGCAAGACAGCCGCGCGUCAGUGAGACUGUAGUGAGAGUAAAACAAUAUUAAGUUUAAAUUGAGCUAGCGAAAGUUUUUUUUACAUACCCAAAUACAUUAAUAGAUAUGUACCAUAUGUAUUAGGGUGAUUGACUCGGUUUUUCCGAAACGGUUUUAGCCAGUUUUUUCCAAAAUUUUUGGGCGAUUUUUUUGAAAUCGUAAUUUUUUUAAUAUCGUAUAAACCGGAGUUAUGUUAUCGAAUAAGCCGGGUUAUCUAGAGUAUUUAUACAAUUGCAUCUUAAAGUUCAUGCAAAUUCAUAUCGAGGGUUUAUAUUCAAUACCCUCUAUCUGCACUUUUCAUAAAAAUGAGAUUCUGAUAUAAAAAUCCACCUAAGACUUAACUGUCAAAGCUGAUGUUAAUUUACUAUUAUUGCAAAGUUAGAAUUAACAUCAGUGAUUACAGGUACGUCCCAGAUGAGUUCUACCAUCACAAAGUAGUUUUUGUUAAAACUGCAGAUAGAGGGUAUUG